AUGUUAUCGGAACCUGAUGAAUCCCUUCACCCUGCUGUGAAAGUUGGGAUGGCCUUUGCACGCCGCACCAUGAAUAAGUACUACUCAAAGACGGACCUCUCAUCUGUCUAUCGCAUCGCGAUUGCUCUCCACCCCGGACUGGAGUUUGACUACUUCGAGGUCAAGCAAUGGAAGAGAAGGUGGAUCAACGACGCCAAGGACCUCCUUCGGACUACGUACGACAAAUACGUCACCAAAUAUUACAAAGCAGGUUGUUUAAUUUGGUUUUUUAGCGGUUUUUAA